UGGUGAAUACCUAGUAAAACCGUUCGACAUCUACUGUACUGGUGUUACAGACUUGUAGUCGUCGGUUCAUUAAUAUUGUUUUUAGAUCAGCAGAUAAUUUUUCUGAUAAAAGCUUCUACAACAAAUACUACUUUUGGGUGUGUUAAGAGGAUAUCUCCAAAUUGAUUGCAUCUGCUCCGUUCAAAACUACAAAUAAUAAUCCUUCAACACUAUGCUGAGGUUGUUUUGUGCUCUCUUGAGCAGCAUAAACUGUGCAGCGGUGAAUGCCUUUGUUUUUGUCUAUUCUGAUCAGAAUGGACCCGGAAGUCAGUGUUCGCCAAUGGUAUCUCUAUCCGGCUACGGAUGCCCGUGCCGGCACCCGGGAGCGGCAUGCAGGGAUCCCGGUACUAUCUGUUCCCUUGCCGACGAAAAUGGAUACCUGAGAAUUCAGAACCCAUCCGCUGCUUUCAUCUUGCUAAUGGUCAACGAACUGAAAUGUUUGUGUGUGACCCCAUGGGAAAAGUCGGAUGUCCUUAACAGAUGCGUCAACGAUGCAGUCGUGGCAACAACCCCCGGUGUAUGCAUUAAUGCGGUUACGACAACCACUGGAAUUUCGUCGACCACUACUGGCACAACCACUUCAGCUACGUCAACAAACACUGGCACCACAGCCGCGGUGACCGACACAGAAACUGCAGCGUGGACCACAACCAGUAAGCCUACCACAACGGCAACAUCUGCAGGAACCACUACGGCUGCGAUAACGGAAUUUACCACGUCAGCGGAAACCACUACACCAACAACGGCUGGGGCUACAGCCACGGAAACUGAGGCGUGGACCACAAUCACCUAUCCUACUCCAACUCAACCUUCGUCGGAAACCUCGGUAACGGGUUCUACCACGUCAGCAGAAACCAGUACAAGCGGUGGCGUUCUUCGAGUCGUCCUUACUCCAACCAACCCGGGUGCUUCCACCAAUCUGGGUGUGAUGAAGUGUUAUCCGCAAAAGAAUUUCACUGUUGCCACCAUUAAUAUUACAGGCGGAACCUUGCCAUAUACAAUUUCUAGUUUUCACUCCAGCACUGGCUGCUACGGGCUUGAUAGCCAGAAGGAUAUUGUGUUCGAGGGUGCCCUUCUGACGUCUGCUCAAGCCUGGUAUCCUUGCUGGACAGGAACCGGAGAGUACUUUAUGGCUGGGCAAACCGACACUGUGGAUUUUACUGUGCAAGAUUCCUCUAAUCCUCCUUUGACUUUUGUUUCCCAACUGAAAGUACAAAUUUACGAAGUGGAUGACCCGAGCGGGGAAUUCAACUUCGACAACUACAGAUGUGAUCCAAACAUUGGUUCCAAUUUCAGUGGUGUUGGAGAGGGAAAGAUCUUCCUGGAGGCAGGCACGAUCAAAUAUCGCAUAACGGCCGGCUUGCGGCUACCUCGAAGAAAAAGGAAAAGCGAUUUUAAACGAUAUUAUACAAGACGAUCGUGAACUUUGAAUCGAACUUGGAAGUGUUUUUACUAAAUCUAUUUAUACGAGCACAAUCUGCAAGCUUUACAAUCAUGGUAAGUUGUUUGAAUGUCAAACGACUUCGAACCUGAAUACAGCCAGCUGUAAUCAUAUGUUAUGGACUCAUGAACCAUAUGUACCAUAUUGCAAUUGAGAACACAA